UUAUGAAUGUAAUGUGAGUUGAGUGUUGAACCUCCUCCUCCUCCACUUCUCCUCUCCUCAGUGUCUUUAUAAGCUUCAGUCUCUCUUCUCCUCACACUCCAACCCUGCUCACCUCUCAGCUGGACAGUGAGGGACGUUUCCACCACACACCGACAACAUGCUGGGGACCCUCUGCGCUCUCAUCACUGCUCUAACAUAUGUUGAUGCAGUGGUAGUGCUGACCCAGACGCCCGCUGUCCACACAGUUUCUACAGGACAGGAGGUUGUUCUCAAUUGCAACAUUCAGAGAUACGAUGGAAAUUACGUGCAUUGGUAUAAACAGGUUCCUGGUGGGGUUCCGCAGUUUGUUCUAAGAAGUCAAUAUACUGACAGUUCACCCAGCUUUGGAUCAGGAUUCUCCUCAGAUCGAUUUGACUGUAAAACCUCGUCAAACGUAGAUUACCAGUUCAUCAUUAAGAGGACAGAGGCAGGAGACUCUUCUGUCUAUUACUGUUACACGUGGGACAACUCUGCUUCUGCAGCGGUAUUCGGACCAGGCACCAAGCUGAUCGCGACAAGCUCCAGCUUCGCUCCUCCCGUCCUGACAGUCUUCCCUCCGUCCAGUGCUGAGCUCCAGUCCAGCAAAGUCACACUGGUCUGUCUGUCCAGUCAGUCUGUGCCUUUUGCAGAUGUGACCUGGUCGGUUGGUGGGAGUCCAGUGAGCAGUGGGAUCUCUACCAGCGCCGCUGUUCGGCAACCGGACCAGACUUUCCAAAUCAGCAGCUAUCUGGCCAUCCAGACCUCAGACUGGAACAUGGAUAAGCUUUACACAUGUAAAGUGUCUCUGGGCUCCCAGACUUCAGACAAAAACAUCAACAAGUCACAGUGUCCCACUGAAGAAUAGCAGAGGAGCAGAAUGACCAUUUCAAAUCUGCUUCUUUACUCUUUGUGCUGUUUGCUCAUUACAAGGUUUACAUGUUAGAAAAGAUGUUUCUGCAGGCUUGUAAUAAAUGUUGGGACAGUUAGGUGGAGGUGUUGUAUCA